AGUUGUUUGUUCACCUGCAAAUGUUUUUGUAUUUGGUUUAACCAAGUUUAUUAGAAAGAAAUAGUAUUAAAAAUAGUUAAUAUUGUAUUUUGUUUUUAAAAUGUGACAGAAAGUUACCUUGUUUGUUAUGCUAGGUGGAGGAUUUAAAAUAUGGGAAUUGAUGCAGUAACUAGAAUUUUGUGACAAUGUUGAAAACGUCUUAAAUGAAUGGUGUGGUGUGAUAAGUGAUUGCAUCGGAUGAUAAUGGGAUUGAAAGCUGCUGUACAAGCUCUGAAGAAAGCUGAAAGACUGAAAGAGAGAGUGCAGGGUUCGAAGGACCUCCUGAAUGAUGCUGAGGCAUGGCUGUGCCAGAAACAACUUCAGGGUAUUUAUCAGCAAGUGCUAAUCCUUGAUUUGGAGUACGCAUUAGACAGGAAAGUAGAGCAAGAACUAUGGAACUAUGGUUUUAAGAACUAUAUUGGAGCACUACAAAAUUUGAGCAAAGAUAAGAAGAACCAGAAACGAGCAGAAUCCCAGGCAAUGUUGUCUUUGUGCCUGGAGGCAGCCAGUGGUUUCUACUUAACUCUCCUGCAGGAGAUAUGCACUGCAUUUGAUCUCGACCUGCCAUUUCGCAGGAAGGGCUCUGUGUAUGGGAACGGGAAGGUUUGGCGGGGCUCGGACCACUUCAGCCAGCCCAAUAAGAGUUCCUGCUACUACAUCUGUCAACACUGCCUUGUUCACCUGGGGGACAUAGCCCGCUACCGCAACCAGAGCAGGGAAGCGGAGGCUUUCUACAGGCACGCAGUUCAGUUGUCGCCCCAGAGUGGCCAACCCUACAACCAGCUGGCGCUGCUGGAGGCCAGCCGGGGGGAUCGCCUGAGCACUGUGUUCCACUACGUGCGCAGUGUGACUGUCAGACACUUGUUCCCUGCGGCAGCCACCAACCUGUCUCGCACCUUCAACAAGAGUGCCGAGGAGCAGCUGAAUGUGGACUCGCGCUCCAAGCUAUCUGUCUCCGAGUAUAUUUCCUUGUUUCUGAAACUUCACGGACUGCUGCACACAGGCACGGAACUGCAGCAGGUGGAAAAGUACGUCAGGAUUUUGACCACAAUGUUGACAGCUCACGUAGCUACUGAGAGCUUGUCGUCUUGGAAACUUGUACAGAUGCUGGCAAUCAACCUGUACGCUCUGCAGAACGCAAGUGGGAGUGUGCCGUCGGACAGGGUAACGGUGUUCAGCGCGGAGCAGCUCUCUGCCGACGAGCGACAGGCCAGGUCUUUGGUGCUGGACCUCUUGGCUGGCUCUCUCAGCACCUACCUGCUUCCCGUGUACACCCUGAAAGAUGACGACGCUCUCGUAGAGUACUUCGCCUUGCCAGCGGUCAAGCUGACCCUGGACUGGAUCAUGCAAGAGCCCCAGGUGUUGGGCGAGGCAGCAUUCACCUCCCGCCUGCAGAUCUGGCCCAGCCUCUGCAAGCUGCUCAACGGCCUGCAGGCUGUGGUCACCGACUUCGACCCGGACAAGUAUACAUCUGUUCCCCUGCCAGAAGAUAGGGAUCUGCAGGCCUUCAUACCACUGGAGAAGGCAUUCUCUCACCUUAGGUUCAACAGCCGCGACUGGGAGAUAAGCCAGGUGACGCUGAAUAAUAUCCGUGCCAGCAGGUUGUUGGAGUUUGGUUCGUGGCUGGUUGCACAGGAGAACUACCGCCUACUCAGCAAGAGGAUAAUUGAUGGGAGGGAUGUGUUUGAACCGCUUGGAGGCCACCAGGUGCCACCCACCGACCUGAUUCGUGAGCUGGAAGAACUCAGUCUCAUCAAGCUUCCCUCUCCUGCACCGUCGGACGCCGGUAGUUGGGGUAGUGCAGCCACUGGGGCGUCCACCCCGGACAACUUGGGGCCUGCCUUGUUUGGGCCCCACAGCCCACCUCUCGUGGAAACACCUGCAGAGAAGCGUGCUGGGAUAUUGAAGCCCCAGGGGUCGCUGGAGAAAGCUCGCGAGAAGGAGCAGGGGGAAGGGGUGUGGGGCCAGAGCAACGGACAGAGGAAGGGCCGUCAGAACGUGGCCAUGCAGGCCAUCAUGAGGAAGUCUCUGCAGCAGGGUGAACCCGAGCAUGUCCCCCUGCCAGACAAGCCCAACAAGGUUACUUUCAAGACUCCAUCUCCCAGCAUUUCCCCCCAAGCAUGUCCACCGGCUGACGAGACCAAAGUGUCGAUAGCGUGGUCUCAGCAGAAUCCCUCGAGGCAGUCCCUCGCGCCGACCACGGCCGGUUACCUCCGCCAGCGACACGACGUUCCCUUGCCGUCAUUCCCUUCAAACUUCUCCGUCCCUCCUCCGCCCAUACAGUUCCGACAGCCUCCGCCGCCCGCCCCCGUCAGCUCUUUGUUCCCGCCGGUCCGCCAGCCCUCCUUCGCCCCCGCGACGCCCUGGCGGGACGAGCAGUGGUGGGCCGGGCAGCAGAGGAUGCCGUGCGAGGACCAGAGCGCGUUCGGGCGCGACGCGAGCGGCUGGGCGGCCAGGCAGCUGGGGGGCCUGGACCCGUACGGCGGCCAGGCGGUGGUGUUCUCCCCGCACAGCGCCAGGCUCUACCAGCAACCGCACUCGCACAUCGACACCGCGCACCUGUCCGUGUUCAGCGGUCAGGAAUCUGAGCACCAGAGCAGUAAACCAUCUCUUCAGGGAAGCAGCAAAUUGUUGCCGCAAGAAGGCACAUUUUCUUCUCUUGCGGGAGACACCACGAGCACUUACUCCCUGUUCAGUUCGCCUUCGUGGACCAUCCACAGCUACGGUGGCUCGGACGUGACCACAGGCAUGAUCGGAGUCGCCAGCAAGAAUGCACUCGCCAUCGGCCAGCAGUCGCUGUGGUCCGGGCCGGGCCCGUCGCCCCUCGAGAGGCUCCUGGAGCAGCAGAAGCAGCUGAGGGAGGGGCCUGCCCCCAAAGGCGGGACUUGAAGUGACCGUCGCGCAGCGUCAGGCGAUCUUCAGUUGCUGCAGAGAGCACUCUCCUCAGGGGAACAACCUGUGGCUAAUAAUAACACUAUCCAAAUCAUGAGGGCUACAAUGUAGAUUUACCAUGUUCUUGUCUUGGUAACUAAAAUAACAUAAUCAUACUUGUGUAACAGCUCUUGAGAUCACUGCCUGUAACUGCAGCAGUUAACGUUUACGACUCAUUACUGUAAGCUUGUGCUGAAUGGGGCUCUGCUGUACUCCAUUAUAAUGUUUAUCUCGAGACAUUUGUGUGGUGUCUUAUCUGUACUGUUGUACUUUAUUAAAAUUUUCUGCUAGGGGUUAACACGUGGCCCAAAGUAACUUUGGUAGUGGCCAUCACCCACCUGACACCAGGAAGCAUUUAUUUUACCAAUGCUAAUAGUACUAGUUGCGAGAUGUGAUGAAAGGGGAUGGAAGAUAUAAACCUUGAUAGCGCUCCACUGAGACUUUCCUUGUAUAAUGUGUAGCGAGAAUGUGUUCUAUUUACAUCUGUCUUACUGUCCUGUGGUAAGGGAAUUUUCAGAUAUUGGUCCUUUGUGUACUGAUCAGAUCAUUGUAAUGGAUAUGAGCAUAGUUUAUUACUUAUAGUGCAAGUAGAGUGUCGUGUAAGUGGUAAACAUCUACCUUUAGACUGUUAGAGAUUGGGCAAGCAGAAUGGCUUGCUAUGGAUAGAAUUUAUCGCAUGGAGUUGCUGAAGCCAUAUGAAGAAUGUAAAUUUUAUUUCUGUGAUUAUGUUUUAUUGUGUGUCGCCUGACUAGCCUGUCAGUUUGUGUUGAAUGGAAAAAAAUUAUGUUACGUGUUUCGGUGCACUCGGUGUAUUUAGCUGCAACUAUGUAUAUUCUUACUGUAUGGCGACAACUACAUGAUACUUGUCACCAUAGAGUAUUUUUCAUUGAUAACAUUAAUUAAUAUGCAUUUGAUUGUUUAUUUCAGAGAGCACAAAAUCAGGCUAUAAGAAUGCUUGUAUUGUGGUGUUAUAAUUUACAUGGGGAAUAGUUAUUGUAAUACGUGUAGUCACUGGAACUUCCAGUGUAAGUUGGUACACAUCUGAAAAUGAAAUAUAAACUAUGAAAACAAUAAGUUCAUAACAGAUUAAGUUUAUAAUUUUAUACAUUAAAGUUGGUGGGAUUUACAUUCCUUACAAAAAAAUCUGUUCACUUGAUGAUUGGUGGCUGUUACCAAUAAUGCUGGUUGUAGGUUAGGCUUAAUUAACUCCCACUUUACAAAAUUUCAAGAUGUGUACCUAAUAUGAAUAAUUGAAAAUUCCACCUUUAAGUUUUACAUUGUCCACUGCAGAAAUUUGUAUUUAUACAAUAAGAAUAAAAGUCAUUUGUUGGUAA